AUGGCUCGUCCCAGGAAGUCCACUGCUGCUGCUGAGCAGCACCACCUGCCCAACUCUUCGCAAGACGGGCCGCGGGGCACCCGUCGCAAGAGACGCACCAGCACCGACUCCGUCGUCGACGACGAUCGCUCCCGUCGCGAGUCCACCCAGCAGUCCGACCUUCCCAGCAUCCGCGAGGAGUCUAACGCUGGCUCCGACCCGGAGCAGCAGCGCCCUCGCAAGAAGCGCGUCAAGCGCGUCUCCAUCAGCGACCAAGACCAGCUCGCUCAGGAGCUUCAGGAGGCCGUCGACCACGAGCCUCGCAGUCCGCCUGCCGAGGUAGAUGCUGUCGCCGCUGCUCCCCCGCCGCAGUCGCAGCCUCAGCCACAGCAACCCCAUCGUCGCGUUCGUUUCUCUGACCCCGGCCCGCCCAUCCCCUCCGCAACGCCUACGCACAGGUCAACCUUCGGCGGCCCUAUCACCCCUAACGUCCGCUCCUCUUCGAAGCCCAAUCGUCGCGUCUCACUCCCUGCUACGUUUGGCACCGCUUCCCCCGAUGGCGGUCUUGUACAAUUUACCCCGCUCCGUGCUGUUCUGGAGGACCGCAAGCGGAGAAGGCUUCGUCGCUGGGGUCUCAGCGAGGAGAUGAACAACAUUGAUGAGCACAAGCGCGAGGAUGCCCGUGCCCGGCGUGAACUCCAGCGUCUUCGUGAGGAGCUGCAAGCCAAAGACAAGCGGCUGAACGACCUUCUCUACGAGAUUGAGGUCCAGCGGCAAUUUGCCAUCGAAGUGCAGGACGCGGACAGGGAAAAGGAAAAUGAGAAGGUCAGGGCUCUCGAAACCCAGCUGGACAACCUGAGAAACGAGAUAUCGGAGCAAAGGGAGCGCCACGAGCGCGAACUCGCGACCAUCGAGGAGGAGCCCAAUGAAGAUAUGGAUAUGGAUACGGGCAUGGGCAUGGGCGGUCCGGCCUCGGACGACGAGGAAAACGAGGAAAACGAGGGCUUCAUGUUGAUCGAGCCCGAGGACAUCAAUCUGCCGAAGGAGCUCUCUCAGCUCCCCGACGCUGACGAGCAUGACGACGAUGCCGUUGCCGAAGGUACUCAGACCGAUGAUGUUCCGGACCCAAAUCACGAAAUCCAGAUUCAGCAGUUCGAAAAUGCCAUUGCCGAGCUUAGCAAGGAGGCUUCUGAAGCCAAGGCUGCUCUGCAGAUUUUGUCCAUUGAACUCCAGACGCUCGGCUUCACCGAGCCGGAGGCCAACGCAUACGACGUUCUUACUUCGCUCCGCUCUGCCUUCCAGCACGUGCGCAAUGAAGUCGAGGCCAUUUGCCCCGGUGACCCGGCUACUCAGCUUGAGAACGGCGGUAUGAUCUACUCACUGACCGAAAAGCUGAGGAGUCUGAGAGACGAAGUCAACGCGAAGGUGGGGGAGGCCCGCCAGCAUUCGGAGAUGAACAACCUGCUCAACAACCAGAACAAGGGUCUUGUCGACAAGAUGGCGGAGUUCGAGGACAGGAGGCAGACUUUGGAAGGACAAUGGCACGAGCUUGAUGUGGUCAACGAGAGAAAGACGAGGGACAUGAUUGAGCUCGAGGAGGAAUUGGAAGCCUACAAGGCAGCCGUUGAAGAGCGUGACGCCGAGAUUGUUGACCAGGACAACAAGAUGGAUGAGAUGGAGAUUGAGUUGACGGAACAAGAACAGGCGGCCGAGCGCCUGAAGGAGCAAAUCAACAGCUCCCGCGAGGAGGUGGCCUCGUUGCAAGAACUCAUCGGCCGGGUUGAGGAGGAUUCCAGGGACGCCCUCGAGAAGCUGAAGGAAGAACAUGCAGCUAUCGUCACCGAGCUCGAGCAGAAGUUGUCAACCGAGCAGCUCAAUCGCGAGCAGGCUGAGCAGGAAAUCGACGAGAAGACUUCCUUCAUCACUCAACUUGAAGCCAAGGUCGAGGCUGCUGAGUCGGAUCUAGAGCAACUCCGUGAGAACCUAAUCGAACUCCAAGGGCUCAAGGAGGGCGAGAAGGCUCAACGCGAGGCUGCCGAAGAGGAGCUCGACGACAAGAACGCCACGAUCUCCGAAUUGGAACAGAAGGUCGAAGACGCCGAGAAUGAUGUGGAAGAGCUUCGCGGUGAGCUGGAAAAUGUUCGAAACCUUGCAGAUACCGAGCAAGAGCAACUUGAAGCUGCCAUCGCCGAAGUCGAAGAAAAAGACGACAAGAUCGCUGAGCUCGAGCAAAAUAUCCACGACGCUGGUCACCAUGCGAAUGAGCUCCGCCAGAAGCUGUUCGAACUCCAAGUGCAAAAGCAGGCUGUCAUUGACGAGCUGCAAGACACGGCCGCCAAGCGUGAGGAACAGUACAACCAGGAUAUCGCGACCGAGAUCGCUCGCAGGGAGGCAGCUGAGCAGGUCUUCGCAGACCGCAAUGCCGAGAUCGCAGAGCUUCAGGCCAGACUUCACGACACCGAGGAAAACAUUGAGGUCAUGACCGUCGAGAAGGACGACCUGAUCUCCGAGUUGGAGAAGAGGGUCGACAAGCUUGAAGAGGACCUCAUCCAACUCCGUCUGGAGUACAACGACCUUGCCGAGCGGAAGGCGGAGGAGAUCCAGACUCUGCACGAUGACAUUGCCAUCCUCAAUACCGACAUCAACCAGAAGGCUGAGCUCAUUGAACAGCUUCGUACGGAGGCUGCCCAAAAUGAGGAGGCUCACAAGCGUGAGGUCGAACAGAAAGAGGCUCGCAUUGCCGAACUCACCGGAGAGGUGGAUUGCGCCCGUACGGAUAUCGAAAAUCUGGAGACGCAACGCACUAGCCUCGAACAUCGCGUCGAGGAUGCUGCCGUCCAGAUGCUCGACCUGCAGAGUACGCACGCGAACGAAAUCGACUCUUUGCGCCACAAGAUCGAAAACAACGAGGCCGAGAUCGACCGGCUCCGGCGCGCACUCGAGUUGCGUGAGGACAAAUACACUUCGGAUAUCAACAAGAAGAACGAGCAGCUCGAGUCGCUCCAGCUUCUUGCCGACAAUCGCCUCACGUCGAUCACUGCUCUUGAGAACCAAGUUGAGGAUCUCAAGAGGAAGUUCCGUGAGCAGACUCUGUCCAGCCGCAAGACGAUGGCGACUCUUGCCCAAAGCUUCCUGCACGCUGCCGAGGAUGCUCAGGACCUCAGUGACAGGCAUGCUGAGAAUGCCGAAGCUGUCAUGCGCGAUGUGGAGGGUAUGAGGCCGGUGGGCCUUGACGAUCGAGUGAACGAGCUGAAGCAAGGCGGCCCCGCUCGUAGGGGUAGGCGUCAGUUCGACUCCGGUAUUGGUGUCGCAGAUGACGACGAGGACAUGUUGGAGGAGGAGACCCUGUGA